AUGGGCUCUCUCUGGGGCCUGGCCCUGCCCCUUCUCUUCUGCUGGAACGCUGGGCUGUCUGGGAGCUCUGCAGGCCCACACACCAGCAGACCAGACACCUGGGUGACAGCAGAUGACAUAGAAGUGCCUAUGGUGACUCCAGGGCCCAGGGUAAGCUCAGAGGAACCCUUCCAGAUCACUGACCUCACUGAGACCACCUUUGCUUUGGAAACUCAAACUCCGAACACCAAGACUUUUUCUACGAUCUUAAUCCCAGACAGCAUCAUUCCAGAAGCAGGGACCAGGGAAAUCAAGACUGUUUCCCCUACAACAGAGACCAGGACCAUCACAAAAAUAACUCCUUCCAAGUUCAUGGUUGCGAUCACUGCCCCUAUGGAGAUGUCAGCCACAAGUGGCAGCCCUGAGGGAACUGGGAUAACCACAGUUCAGAGUGUCACAGGCAGUGACCCUGUGGAAACCAUCUUUGACACCCUUUGUACCAAUGACAGCUCUGAAGAGGCAAAGAGGGUCACCGUUAACAUCUUGACAUUGGCUCACACUUCCAGAGAAGUUGAGGGCUUACCCUCAGAGAGCAGCUCCUCCUUCGACAGCUUGGGUCCAAUGCUCUCCACCUCACAAGCCCUGGGACCAGCUAAAGGCUUGGUUGCCUACACUAUCACCCACAUCGAGGUUACCAACUGCACUGUUACAGAAAUAGAAACAACAGACACCAUCUCUGGGACCUUAGACACAGGUCACAGCCCCCCAGAAGGGGUUAAGGCCUUGUCCCCCUCUGCUAUAUCAGCUUUGCUAGACUCCACUGAGGUGAAAUCAUACAUCACCAUGUCUACAACCUCUGCCGAGACCUUGUCAGCAGCCAGUGCCACAGAGUCAGCUGCACCUGAUGCCACUGUUGGGACCCCACCUCCCACCAGUGGCACCACAGAAAGAGAAACAACAGUAGACAAAGCCACUUCCUUCACUGGAACUUUGGUGACAGGUAGCAUGGACCCCUGGGGAGAAACCUCAGCCCUCUCUGUGGAGACACCAAGCCACAUCGAAGUCUCAGAAGCAGUCACAGUCCCCACAGAAGCUGGGUCAACGGCGGGCAAAGUCACUUCCUCUUCUGGGUCCUCAGCUUCAGUCUACAGCCCAUCAGAGGUAGCCACCAUCAAGAGUUCCACUCCUGCAGAGACGCCUGCCGGAGAUGGUACAACCAAUGGGCCCCUUCCCACCAGCAGGAGCCCUCUUCCUUCUAUAUAUCCUGCCACAGGUAGCAGUGGCCAAAGAACAAACAUCACCUCAGCCAAGGCCACAACCUCAGCACAGACCACGGAAAAGCUCCCAACAGCCACAGCUGCCACUGCUCNUUCAUCUUCCUAUUAUUCUCAACUUGCAGGUGGCAAUGGAGGCUUCCUCCUUCUGCGGCUGAGUGUGGCCUCCCCAGAAGACCUCACCGACCCCAGAGUGGCAGAGAGGUUCAUGUGGCAGCUUCGACGUAACCUGCAUGCCCACCUGCCUCCCAUCCAAGUCUCCUUACUGCGCGUCAGGAGGGUCUAGAGAAUAUCAGCU